CUUUCAAUUUGCUGUUUUUCUGUAAUGCAGUUUUGUAACAAGACCCAAAGCUGUAUAAAGUGAUGUUUGAUGUGUAAAAGUUUUAUACAUAUUAAGUAUUAGCUAUUGUUAAUAAAACAUGCCAUUUCAAAAUAAAAUAUGCUCUCAUUAUACUUGUCCAGAUAUGACCUCUUUUUGUUGUUGCGUGCAUCUCAGAUUUCUUUUUUGUAAAUGUUAACACUUAGAAAAAGAUAAGGUCAAACAUAACAAGGGUGUCAAGCCUAAUCAUCAGUCGUAACUUUAUGUCCACAUUUUCUGGUAGAUGGAUUUUGACUAUUAAUUUGGUUUUGUAUGUUUUCUCUAUGUGAUAUUUGUGCAUUAUUAGAUGACUAGACUGGCCAAGGCAGACCUGUUACACUUGCCUGAGUUAGGCAUUGUUUGCCAUGCCACUAAACCUGCCGUCAAGUGAAACCUUCAUUGGGGAAAUGAGAUCGGAGUCUGAACCGCAGAAGAUGGACGCCCUGUCUCUGUUUUUUAUUGUUUUACUUUAAUUUCAUUUCUUUUUCUUUAUUUUGUCCCUUUUUUUGUUUUUGUUUUUGUUUUUGUUUUGUUAAAUCUCUUUCACUUAUAACUUGUGAGCUGGUUUUCCAGUUCUUUGUAAAUGGUAUUCCAUUAAGGGUUCAUAACAUUGCUUUGCAGAUUAUAUUGGGAGAUGAUUAGCAGAGCUCAAUCUUAGAAUGAAAUAAGUUUUCAUAGUAAACUAGGAUACAGUGUUUUGAAGCUCAGUGUGAGUCUUAAUUGGUGUUUAUAGACUGCACAGUACAUUUUGUUCUGGAAACACUGAAACACUAAUAGAAUCUUAGGAACAUUUUCUGACCUCAUUGCAACAUUUUUUGAAUUUUUCUCCCAAAUCUUCAUCUUUCAUAAAAACCCAACUGAUAGCUUCUAAUUUUCAUCCUUCCCCCUCCUCUAGAAUUUUAGGCAUACAAAAUCCUCAAGGAGAAUAAGUAAAUUUCUUAGAACAAUCUAGGGGUAGAGGACAAGCAGAGCCAUUUACUUUUUUGAGUUAUUAAAGGAAAGAACUAAUUUCCUUGACUUACAAAGACUUUUGCUUGCCUGUGUGGGGAAUGGAUAUUUGAGAAACUUGUUGAAAACUUACUUGGUGUGUGUAUUUCUCUGCUUGAAUUUUUUGAAAAAUUUUCAGGUGUCACUAGCUUCUAAAUGGAUUCUGAGAUUAGGGCUAGCACUUUAAUUUUAAUACUCUGAGAUAUGUUUUUUUUUCUCAGUUGUCUUUGAGAAGUAUAGUUUGGGAAAAAUGCUUAAAUGCUUGUUUUAUAUUUUUGUAUAUACUCUGGUAGUAUAUGGAGGGUAAAUUUGAUAGAAUUCUCUCUUGGGAGUUAAGCAACAGAACUUUUUUCUUAAAGUAUCUUUAAUGGUCAUUAGAAUAAGAAAAAGUGUGCUUAUAGUUAGACUUAAUAUUUCUAACAGUUUAUUACUACUGUGAGAGGCAGUGAGAGUCAGAUGACUUAUUGAUAUUUUUUUAAAGCCAAAAGUGAAAGUAUAAUAUUAAGUACUCAUCUUUUGGCCUGUGUUGAAUACUUUUUAUUUUGUGUAGGCUUUCUACACUGUCUUCUGUGGGCAGUUUCGCUUAUUUAAUUGACAAGUAAUCUUAAAUUGAGGGCAUUAAUGAAUUGAAACUCUUUGUUUUUUGGAUGCAUAAAUUAGGGUGACAGAGCACAAGGUUUACACUACAGGACCUCAGUCAAUUUAUCAAGAUGUUUUCAGGUUUUAUAAGCAUUAAAAAUAACACCUAUUUAUAACAGAUAAAAUGGGUCUGGUAGCAAUUUAAAUAGCUUAGUAUAUAUAGGUGGGUAUACAGAUACAUAUAUUAAUACCAAUAACUAAUAAAUAUAAAAUAAAUUACUGUUACUUAAUUUCUUCAGUAAGGCCUACCUACCUUUUAUUUAUGCAUGUUAAAAAAAUCUGUGCUUGUGCAGAAUUUACACUGAAAUUAUAAAGUAACUGUUUUUGAAAUUAGUCAAUUAAUAUAGAUUUAGAUGUUGCAAAAUUUAGGAAAAAGUAGACCUUUGUUAAAACUAAUCAUAUGUAAUUUUUCUGUUCCUAUAAGUAAGGUGUAAUUAUCAUUUGAAGCAAAAUUUAAAAGCUGUCUUGAAUUCCAUCCAUGUUUAGAGGUAUAUUCAGAUAAUACUGUUUAGAGAUUUAUCCCUCCCACAUCUGGUUGUUUUAAGUAGAAUUUUUACUUCUAAAAUCCAGCAUGGUGCUUUUGAAAACUUACUCUAUAUGCUAUUUUCAAUUUAGUGUGAUUUUGUACACUGUGUUUUAAAUUAUUUUUGAGGACUCCAUAACGGAAAUGUAUAGCCAACUACCACAUAACUUUAAGUAGUUCUUUUAAAAUAGAUAUAUGUAGACAACUUUUUAAGAAAUAAUUUUAACAGGGGCAGUAAGAGGACACAAAGGGAAAAUGUGUGAAAGUUGCAGUUCAUAUCAAAAUUAAUUGAUUAGAGUUUAGUAAUUAAAUAUGGCAAAUUGAUGAACUUUAUUUUAGAGUUAAAUUUUCAAUUUUUAGUCGUAGGGAUUUUUUCUUUCUUUCUAGUGUCUAAGGUUAUUUUAGUGUUACUGUCAUUAUUUUUAUUAGGCAAUUUAGAUGUUUAUAAGCAAGACAUUUAGGCAUUAACCAUCCCUCUUCAGAUAAGUAUACAUAAAUUGGCUCUAAAAAUCAGGACUUUAAGAAGUUUCCUGAGACAAGGGAACUUCUGUUAGUGAUUUUCAAAAAUUUUAGUAGUUUUCCAAGGCAUGUUCUUUGGAAUUGGAUUUUUAAGCGUCUCUGACCUAGUUGGUGAGAUGUCUUUUUAACUGGAUGGGUGUAAGCUUCCUUUUAAAUUGAAGCUGAUUACAUGGAGUAGGCUUUUGUUUUUUACUAUCUACUUGAAAUUUAAUGGAAUUUAUUGGAAGGUUAUCAAAACUGUUUACAUCACCAGUAGGUAGUUUAGUAAGCAGGAUAGGGGCACUCAUUAAGGAACAAAUUUCAAUUCGCACAUAUUUGUUUUUUCUUUUUCUUUUUUUUGACUAAUUUGGUUAUUUGCCAUUUCUGGGGAUUAAACUUUAAAAAAUGUUCUUCUUUUCUGUAUCUGAUGUUCUGUGUGCUAUUAGUGAUGCAGCCAACACGAACGGUUGUCAUGUGUAACACAACUUUCGAUCACCGCGAAAACACCGUCCUGGGAAAGCGUCCAUGCUUGAUAUCGUUUGGUUCAUGAACAUUAAGUUUCCAGUACAGGUAAAAUUCCAGAGGAAUCCAAAGCCCUCUCUUUAUUGGCUCCUGCUCCAACCAUGACAAGUUUAAUGCCUGGUGCAGGCUUGCUUCCCAUACCGACCCCAAAUCCCUUGACUACAUUGGGUGUUUCCCUUAGCAGUUUGGGAGCUAUACCAGCAGCAGCACUAGACCCCAACAUUGCAACGCUUGGAGAGAUACCACAGCCACCACUUAUGGGAAAUGUGGAUCCUUCCAAAAUUGAUGAAAUUAGGAGAACAGUCUAUGUGGGCAAUUUGAAUUCCCAGACAACAACAGCUGAUCAGCUACUUGAAUUUUUUAAACAAGUUGGAGAAGUGAAGUUUGUGCGGAUGGCAGGUGAUGAGACUCAGCCAACUCGGUUUGCUUUUGUGGAAUUUGCAGACCAAAAUUCUGUACCAAGGGCCCUUGCUUUUAAUGGAGUUAUGUUUGGAGACAGGCCAUUGAAAAUUAAUCACUCCAACAAUGCAAUAGUAAAACCCCCUGAGAUGACACCUCAGGCUGCAGCUAAGGAGUUAGAAGAAGUAAUGAAGCGGGUACGAGAGGCUCAGUCCUUUAUCUCAGCAGCCAUUGAACCAGAGUCUGGAAAGAGCAAUGAAAGAAAAGGCGGUCGAUCUCGUUCCCAUACUCGUUCAAAAUCCAGGUCUAGCUCAAAAUCCCAUUCUAGACGAAAAAGAUCGCAGUCAAAACACAGGAGUAGAUCCCAUAAUAGAUCACGUUCAAGACAAAAAGACAGACGUAGAUCUAAGAGCCCACAUAAAAAACGCUCUAAAUCAAGGGAGAGACGGAAAUCAAGGAGUCGUUCACGUUCACGGGACAAGAGAAAAGACACCCGAGAAAAGAUCAAGGAAAAGGAAAGAGUGAAAGAAAAAGAUAGAGAAAAGGAAAGGGAAAAAGAGAGAGAGAGGGAGAAGGAACGUGAAAAAGAAAAGGAACGGGGUAAAAACAAAGACCGGGAUAAAGAACGGGAAAAAGACCGGGAUAAAGACAAGGAAAAGGACAGAGAGAGAGAGCGGGACAAAGAACAUGACAAGGAGCGAGACAAGGACAAGGAACAGGACAAAGAAAAGGAACGAGACAAGGACAGAUCCAAAGAGAUAGAUGACAAAAGAAAGAAGGAUAAAAAAUCCAGAACACCACCCAGAAGUUACAAUGCAUCAAGAAGAUCUCGUAGUUCCAGCAGGGAAAGGCGUAGGAGGAGGAGCAGGAGUUCUUCCAGAUCACCAAGAACAUCAAAAACUAUAAAAAGGAAAUCUUCUAGAUCUCCGUCUCCUAGGAGCAGAAAUAAGAAGGAUAAAAAGAGAGAAAAAGAAAGGGACCAUAUUAGUGAAAGAAGAGAGAGAGAACGAUCAAGCUCUACAAGAAAGAGCUCUAAUGACCGAGAUGGAAAGGAAAAGUUGGAGAAGAACAAUACUUCACUUAAAGAGAAGGAACACAAUAAAGAACCAGAAGCAAGCGUGGGCAAAGAAGUAGAUGACAAGGAUGCACCAAGGACCGAGGAAAAUAAAGUACAGCAAAAUGGAAAUUGUCAGCCAAAUGAAGAAAACCUCUCUACCAAAACAGAAGCAGUAUAGGACUGACAAAUGCACCUCUAAAUACACGCUGGAAUAAAAUCCAAAGCUUUUAAAUCUCUCAACAAGAUGUUAAACAGUGAAGAAAUCCAGUUGAGCAUAAAGAUACAAACUAACAGCUUUUCUAGUUGUUAGGUGACUGUGUGGCCAUCUUGUUCCGGAGUAAGAAAAUAAAGCAUGGACAUCGUGAAAAUAACAGGUGUUACCCAAACUCCUCAUCUUCUAGAAUCUGUGCAUUUCCAUGGUGGCUGACACACUUGUCAUGUGGUUUGUUAGUGUUUGCCAAGAACCAUUACAAAUAAAUGGGACAUCAAAAUCCAAAUUUGUACUAUCCUUAAAGACUGGAGAUAAGCAUUGGAGGCUCUUUUUAAAAAUGGUAGUUGCUGAAUUUUGUAUUGUUUUACUUUUUUUUUUAAUUUCAAUAUAUACAGAUUUGAUGAUGUGCUUGAAAUCGGUGGAAAUAUAUAUACAUCCUUGUAAGUGCAGAGUAUGUAAGAAGUUUUAACAUUUACUUCACAGGAUUUACGGUGAUUGUGUUAAUUAAAUUCUCACUAUUGUGUUUUCUUUUGCUCACUGUUUAGGACAACAGGUUUUUUUUUUUUUUUUUUUUUUUGUUAAAAUAGUUUUACAGACUAAAGUUGCUUAAAUAAGUGGAUUAACAAACAACUGACAAUGCAUGCUCCUGUUCUCUCUCAAAAGGAAGAGCACCCGUGUUGAAUACUAAUAAUAGUGCAUUAGUAUUCAGUGUUUAGAAUCAUUGGGUCUCCCCACAGAGUAAGCAUUUCUUUUUCAACUUUCUUGACAUUUCCAAGCUUAUUACAAAUAAUACUGCAGUGUGUUGUCAGCUGUAGGUGGCAAAGGUGCCAUUAUAAAAAGAAAACUGGGUUUUCAAAAUGGGCUAUGGGAGCACAAGCUGAAGCUUUAGUGCCUUCUACAAUGUGGUAUGCUGUUUUCUAGAAUUUUAUAUGUGCUAGUCAUUCUCAGUUCAUAUGGAACAUAGAUGGAUAUUCCACUCACUCCCAUAGAGAAGGGUGCAAGUGGUAUGUCAGAAGAGCUUCUUAUGUAGUUCGCCUAACAUGAGGGAAGUCCUGUUUUCAAGAAUGACUUUAGAGCUUAAAACAACAAUGCAGUUUUGGGACCAUCAGUUUUAUACUGUGAUAAUUGAAAAUGAAGCAUGCUCGUUCUUAAAUCAGAGCAAACACUUUUGUUGUCUCCAUUGGAUGGCCUUAAUUAUUACCUCUUAAUCAUCUUCUCAUAAAUGAUGUGCAGAAAUUCUAUGUAAAAGAAAACACAUGAGGUUAUUUGUUUUAAAGAUAUGUUUACUUGAGUUUAAAAUAUAGGUCAUUCGUUACUCUUAGGCUCACUUUCUGCAGGAAGUAUGCAAGUAGGAAAACAUUGCUAAUAUUUUCCCCCAAAGCCAUAACUCAUAGUUUCAGAUAUCUUUUCAUUAUUGUUUUGUUCUCCUAAAAGUUACACCUUUUAAUUAGCAUGUUAUUUAAAAAAUCAAGUAUCAUUAUUUUAAUGCAACCUAAUACAAUCAAAUUACUCCGUUGCCUUACCUCAUGGGAAGAGUUACUUAUAGAUUUAAGAAGCUGAGUAGCACAUCAGUUACUUGGUUUCAACUUGAGUUUUCUUUUAAUGUUAAUACUGUUGAAACUUAAGUAUUUGGUAGAGAAUGGAAAGAAUUGCCCUUAUUGCAAUGAAGCCUGGUUUGAUUAUGAAGCUGCUUAAUUACUCUUCAUGUGUUCAGAAUAACUGUGUUUUUUUUUUCCUUUUUGUCACUGUGUACAUUAAAAUUUUUGAAAAUGCUUUACUAUGUAAAGUAUAGAUGGUCAUUUUAAUCAUUCAGCCACAUACGGUUGGCUGGUAAACAGCUUAUUCUGAUACAAGAAUGCUUGGGUGCAUAUGGAAAGAUUGCGAAGGAGUGGGUGUCUUGCACCAACAGCUGUCUUAUUUAUAAUAUGUAAGUAGAAUAGAGCAAAUGUUUGAAUCUUUGUUAUUUUUAGUACCAUUUCUCUAAUAAAGCUAAGUAUUUUAGAGGAAA